AUGUGGAUUAUCGACUGGUUCUGGGACGUCCUCGCCAAUCUAGGCCUGGCAAACAAACAUGCCAAGCUCCUCUUCCUCGGUCUCGAUAAUGCCGGAAAGACCACCCUCCUUCACAUGCUCAAAAACGACCGCGUAGCCAUCCUCCAACCCACCCUCCACCCCACCAGCGAAGAACUCUCCAUCGGCUCCGUGCGCUUCACCACCUUCGACCUUGGCGGCCAUCAGCAAGCCCGACGGCUGUGGAAGGACUAUUUCCCCGAGGUCAGCGGCAUCGUCUUUCUUGUCGACGCUAAAGACCCGGAGAGGUUCCAGGAGAGCAAGGUGGAAUUGGAUGCGCUGUUGAGUAUGGAGGAUCUGCAGAAGACGCCGUUUUUGGUGCUGGGGAAUAAAAUCGAUCAUCCUAAUGCUGUUAGUGAGGAGCAGUUGAGGCAUGAGUUGGGCUUGUAUCAGACUACUGGCAAGGGCAAAGUCCCCCUCGAUGGCAUCCGACCAAUUGAGAUCUUCAUGUGUUCGGUUGUUAUGAGGCAGGGGUAUGGUGAGGGUAUUCGGUGGUUGAGUCAGUAUGUCUAG